CACACAACUAAAUUUUCUUAAUAACAUCUACCUUUUAAAAAGUCAGACGGGCAGGUAAUAAGUGGGGGAGAAGAAUGUUUCUGUCUCUUCCUACGUUGACUGUCCUUAUUCCAUUGGUCUCUUUAGCAGGACUGUUCUACUCAGCUUCUGUGGAAGAAAACUUCCCACAGGGCUGCACUAGCACAACCAGCCUAUGCUUUUACAGUCUGCUCCUGCCCAUUACCAUACCAGUUUAUGUGUUCUUCCACCUUUGGACUUGGAUGGGUAUUAAACUCUUCAGGCAUAAUUAAUAAAACCAGAGCCAAGAUAAUAUAUAUAUUAAUGAUAGGUCUUGAGUGUGUAUUUCUGAAAGCUCAACUACAUGGAAAUACUGGAAACGCACUAAAUCUGCAGGAAAGGUGCUUUGCUUGCUUCUCUCAGGUUUAGGACUAUGGAAGGCUUAAGCUGCAGAAGUUUCUCUUACUGUAUUUUUGCUCUGCCCUUGUUUUUUGUUUGUUUGUUUGUUUUUAAUUCUUAUUUAUUAGCUGUUGUAUCAGAAGAAACAUUUCAACAAAGUUUCUUGUUGGAAAUGAACAGUCCCAGCCAUUACCUAAUGACUUUAUUUCUUACCCCAUUCAUCUAAAAGCUAAUUAAAAUGUUACAUGUUUAUUUUAGAUUUAAAGUAUUUGGUAGAGUCACAUGUUAAGGAUGACUGAAAUAAUCCAAAAGAGCUAUGGCUGAAGUAGUUGUAGAGAAAUGCAUUUGAGCUGAUGUGAUAGAAAGCCACAAUAAAAUGGAAUUUCAUGUACUUGCAAAGA